AUGUUAUCAAAUAAAGACAAUGAUGAUUUACCUCAAGAAGAUUUUAAUAGCGACAUUAUUAAAUUUCCACCAGAAUUAGAAAAUUCGAUUAGCGAAAUAUUACAGACUAACGAUCUUAUAGAUAAUAAUGAUUUUAUUCCGAUCGAAUAUAUUAAUCAAAUGCUUCCUAACGAAUAUGCAUUGGCAUCAAUCGAUGAAACGACAAAACGGCUUCAGUAUAAAAUGCGUCAAUUGGAAGGGGAAAUUCAGGAACAUACUAGAUUACAAACAAAUGGAGGUCAGCAAGGUUACGAAGAAGUAGCCGAAGCAAAAAAAGCUAUUGAGGAAUUAUUUAAAAGAAUUAGACAAAUUAAAGAAAAAGCUACCCAAUCUGAAAUCAUGGUACAGGAGAUCACUCAAGAUAUCAAGUCACUGGAUUUUGCAAAAAGACAUUUAACUACUUCAAUUACUGCUUUAAAAAGGUUACAAAUGUUAGUUACUGCAGUGGAUCAAUUAAAGGUUAUGGCAAAGAUGAAACAAUACAAAGAAACCUCACAGCUUUUACAAGCAGUUUUGCAACUUGCAUCAUAUUUCAAAUCAUACAAGAGUAUUAAACAAAUAGCUGAAUUAUCAAUUUCAAUAGCCACUUUUCAAAAUGAAUUAAAAAAACAAAUAUUUGAAGAUUUUGAAUCAAGUUUUGCUUUGGAAGGGAGUCUUUCGAAUCAGUCUGCACUCCUUGGCGAUGCUUGUUUAGUCAUAGAUAUUAUGGGACAAGAUGUAAAAAACAACCUUAUAAAUUGGUAUUGUGAGAAACAAUUAGGAGAAUAUAAGAGGAUAUUUCGAGGAAGCGAGGAGAUUGCGUCACUUGAUAAUACUUCAAGACGGUAUGCAUGGAUAAAAAGAGUAUUGAAAACUUAUGAUGAAGUACAUGCCGAUAUUUUUCCUUUGCAUUGGAAUGUUAGUGAAGUUCUUUGUAUCAGAUUUUGUGAAUUAACUGGGGAAGAUUUAGUUAAAUCGCUUUCUCGAGCUAAAAACGAAUUGGAUGUUAAAAAUUUACUCAAGAAUUUACAGUUGACACUUGAAUUCGAAAAUCAAUUAGUAAAACGUUUCGCAUAUAUGGAAAAACCACUUCAUACGGAAAAUACUUCAUUAAAAUAUAAUUUUAAUAAAAGUAUUUCGAUAGCCUUUGAACCUUAUCUUGGAUUGUACAUUGAUGCCGAAGACAAGAAUAUGGCAGAAAUUAUUUCGACUUAUCGUAUGGAGGCAGUUCCUGAUGACGAUAAUUCAACAUCUGUCUUGCAAUCCAGUAUAGAUUUGUUUUUAUAUUAUAAAGAAACAUUGGUUAAUUGUUCAAAGUUAUCAACGCGUAAGCCUUUCUAUGAUUUGUGUAUCGUUUUUUCAAAAUGGCUUCGAACAUAUGCCAAUGAGGUUUUAAUUGGAAAAUUGCCAAAGGAAGAACGUCGAGCUAUGACGCGUGAUGAAUUGAAAUUAAUUUGUUUAAUUUUGAAUACGGCAGAUUAUUGUUAUAAUACGAUACCGCAAUUAGAAGAUAAAUUAAAAGAAAAGGUUCAUGAGGAGUAUAAAGAUAAGAUUAAUUUGGACUUUGAGCGAGAUUGUUUCUUAAAAGGGAUUGAAACUUGUUACGAACCGGCAUUAACAACCAUGACCAAAAUAUCCUGGAAUAAUUUAGAAUCAGUUGGAGACCAGUCCGAAUAUGUCACUCUAUUUCACAAUAACUUGACACGUUGUGUUGUUAGCGUACAUAAAGAUAUUACCAAUAACCGUUAUUUUAGAUCCUUCUGUGAUAAAUUCGUGGAGUCUUUUGUAUCAAAAAUUAUAAAUAAUUUGUCAAAAUGUAAACCAAUAUCUGAAGUCGGGGCAGAACAGGCAAGAAAAUAA